AUGAUUGCUGAUGCGAAGACGCAUUCCCUCAUCAAGGUGGCUUUCGCAGCGCAGAAUCCGACAGAUGUCCUAUGCUUCGACAACAAGAUCUUUGGAGACGGGCGUGUCUUGGGCUGUGACUUUGCGGGCAGGGUAGACGCUGUUGGUAGCAACGUCUCACGUCUGAAGAAGGGCGACAAGGUUGCCGGCUUGAUAUGGGGAGGCGAAAUCAAAGGCCUGGGAGCCUACAGCGACUACACGAUUGCGGACGAGAAUAUUUGCUUCAAGAUUCCGGACAAUAUCCCUCUAGAGCAGGCAGCGACGGUGCCAUUGGCAGCGACGACUGCAUGGCUAGCCUUGUUUAGGUCCCAGAGCCUUAACAUCGAUCGAACACUGGGCUUAGACGUAGAGCUACUCGUCUGGGCUGGAAGUACCAGCGUCGGUCUCUAUGCCGUACAAAUUGCAUCCCUGUUCGGCUUCAAAGUGGCCACAGUCUGCAGCCCGCGCCAUUUUCCGCUGCUCCAUUCCCUGGGCGCGAAACACGUCUUUGACUACAAAGACCCUGAGGUUGUGAAAAAGAUUCAAAUUGCCUUGCCUAAUCUGAAGUACAUUUUCGACACGAUCAGGAAUGAGACGUCGUCUGCUACAGCAUCUACGGCCAUGCGAGAGGCAGGAGGGAUCCUUUGCACCGUGCGUCCAAGUAAAGAGUUCACCGAACAUGUGUCAUCGCGAACCAAGGUUACAUCCAUUCUUGUAUUCACAUCUUUCUUGAAGGAACAUCAGAUGGGCUCCCGCAUCUUACCUGCAUCCGAGGAGGACCACCAACUCGCCACGGAAUUCUAUCAGGCGCUUCCUAGCUUACUUAGUCAGGGAAAGAUUCGCCCAAACACCCCGUGGGUAAUUGACCAGGGGUUGGGUGGAGUCAAUGAAGGCUUCCAAGCUUUCAGGGAUGGCAAGAUCUCGGGUUAUAAGAUUGUAUAUAAGCUCAACUAGUUCCUCUUUUUAUCCUUAGGCUAAGAGGGUCCCAUUUCUGCAGGCCUUAUGCAUAGUGCAAUUUUUGUCGAAGAUGACC